ACCGGAAAUAAAAUGAUUGUCUGAUCGGACAUGCAACGUGGCUAAAUGACUCGAUAUUCGUUUAAUUUAAGUCAUUUUCUCUUUAAUCAACGUUCAUUAAUAUCGCCUUAUUCCAGGAAUUGAGUGAAACGCAAGGGUAGCAAUGUCUUUAUCUGGAGAGGACAAGCAACAAACAUCAAAACCAAAUAUUGUUUAUAGAGCCUACAAGCGUUAUUGUGAGAUUCAUCAACAUUUGUUAGAUCGAGCAACUCCAUAUUCAACAGCGCGAUGGUGCGGCACAGUAGCUUUGAUUCUGAUGUAUUCACUGAGGGUGUAUAUUUUACAGGGUUGGUACAUAGUGACAUAUGCUUUGGGAAUCUACCUGUUAAAUCUAUUUAUAGCAUUCCUAACUCCAAAAACAGAUCCAGCAUUGUUAGAUGAUAAUGAAGAUGGGCCUUCUUUACCCACAAAAGCAAAUGAAGAAUUUAGACCAUUUAUGAGAAGAUUGCCAGAAUUUAAGUUUUGGUACUCAACAUCCAAAGCAAUUGUGAUAGGCAUGAUAUGUACCUGUUUCAACGCACUCAAUAUACCAGUGUUCUGGCCCAUUCUCGUCAUGUAUUUCAUCAUCCUCUUUACCAUUACAAUGAAAAGACAAAUUAAGCACAUGAUUAAAUACAGAUAUAUACCAUUUACACAUGGGAAGGCGAAAUACAAGGGCAAGGAGGACUCUGGUACGGUGGUGGUGUCCAGUUAAAGUGUGUGCUGGGUUCUGUUGGAGAGUCAUGUGUUGAGCCUUCAUGGCAGAACCCUUUGUGUGAGGAGCAGUUCGCCUUUCUUCCAGAGUUGUCUUACCCGAUGUCAGACUCGACCUAUUACAUACUUGUGUUUUAGCAAUGGAUCACUCCAGUGUUUAUCUUACUGCCACAAAUUGGAAUAAUGUCAAACGGUUAUUUUUGGUAGAAUAUUAUGUAAGUCUAAGAACUGGUAUUAUGGUUAUGAAUCCCUUUGUCCUUGCUAAUCUUGGCUCAUAUUGUAUUUUUCACACUUAGUACAUAUUUAACAUUUUCACAUCAUUUCUAGAAUAAAAAUAAACUGUACAUCAGUUGUAGGAUAUUUUUGUUUUUAAAACCUGUCAUUACUGUUAUAUAUCAGUGCAAACUAAUAGAAAUACAUUUAGGAAUUGUUUUUUAAUUUUUUUUAUCAAGUUUUAAAAUUUUAAAUGGAAAUUUAACAUUGAAAAAGUAAAAGUCUAUCUUCUCUUUGAGUUUUGAUUGGAUACUUCUGAACCUUAGUAUAAGUAUUUUUAGGGGUGAAUGAGAGAUAUUUAUGAAAUUUGUUAUUCUUAAAUUUUAAAUAGAAAUUUAACUGUUUAAAUUUGAAGUGUUAUCUUAUAGAAUUUUAAUCGAAUAAUUCUAAAACAUGGUACUAACUAUAAUUCUUUGGGGCAGUCUUAACAAACUAACAGAAAUAUUAUUGAAUUUCUAUUAAAUUUAAUAUUUGGUGAUCUUUACAAAUAAAUUAAUUAUCUACUAGUGACAAAAUUGAAAAUUAAAUAGGCGUCUGUUUCAGUCAUGCAUACCAGUCUUAAGAGAGCCAUCUUUUUAUGCUCCUUAAUCAUCUGUCGUAUAAACUGACCUGUCUAAGGAGCUUUUUUUAAAAUGCCAUCUUUAUAUACAUCUGAAAUCAUUUAAAUAAAUAUGUAUUACAAAAUUAUUUGUAUUCUGCAUCCUCUUAAAAUCUUGAAUCGCACAGUGACAAAGUACAAGGUUUUGGGUUUGUAUAUAUAUAUAUAUAUAUAUAUAUAUAUAUAUAUAUAUAUAUAUAUAUAUAUAUAUAUAUAUAUAUAUAUAUAUAUAUACAUAUAUAUAUAUAUAUAUACAUACAUACAUACAUACAUGUAUAUAUAUGUAGCAGGGCUCGAAAUAGCGAUUUUAAGUUGCAUAUGUUACCAUGGUUUCAUAUCUGUGCCUAAAUUUAUUGCUUUAGUCACAUCGUGCAACCUGAACUUGAGUCAUUAUUCUCUUACGAUUUACCUCUACCAACUGCACAGCAAAAAAGGUCAACUUGUAACAUGUAACACAGACAUUUUAAUGUACACAUGGUCUUGUGCCUCUCAGGUAUUAGGCUACUCCAUGAAAAGUACUUGUAAUCUUGUCUUUGAAAACUGAUGACAUUCGCUUGAUUACAGUACAUGAAAGUAGAUUUGAUAUGAUAUGCAGGUGAUACAUCAAGGUACUGGCAAUUUUAAUUUGUAUGUGCACAUCAGAAACAUAACUGUCUUCUAAACCGUGCAAUUUAUACAUGCAACAGUGUUGCAUAAGUUGAACAUACUUCCAUAAAUAAAAGUUAAACGUUUAUUAGAGUGUCAUAAAUGCUGUUAUUUUCACAUUUUUAUUAUUCAAAGUUUUUUUCCUAAAUAAAUGUUUUGUUCCUAUUUUUUUUAAGUUAUGACACGCUGUUACUUUCAAGUUCUGUGUAGCAAAAUUGAAUUUGACAUAUAGUUCUGCAUUGAGGAAUGUCCACAUGCCUGGUUUUUUGUGUUGGUGACAAGUCAAUUGUUCAAACAACUCAUCCGACCAGACAUGGCUUUAUUAAUUUAUAAAAAUAGUUUUUACUUCUUGUUUCAACCUUGAUUGUUUCUUUUUCUUUCUUUUUACUUUUCAAUAUAAUAUUUCAAAAAUAAAAUACUAACUGAUCAACUAACCUAUUGCUAAAAUAAUGCACAGCAGUAAUUAUGUUUACAACACGACUGGUAUAUCAAAGGCUGUGGUAUGUACUAUCCAGUCUGGGAUUGUGCAUAUAAAAUAUCCCUUGCUACUAAUGGAAAAAUGUAGCGGAUUUUCUCUUUGACUGUCAAAAUGACCAUAUAUUUGAUAUCUAAUAGCCAAUGAUUAAUAAAAAAUCAAUGUGCUCUAGUGGUGGUUUUAAACAAAAGAAACUUUAAUUAUGGUUACAUUGGAACAGUUUCAUAAUAAUAAAGGACAAAAUUCUUGUAUAAUUGAAUUUGAUACCAUCAGUGUUUGGAUAGUCAUAAAUUACAGGGCUCCUAGAAUUUUUUUUAAAUCCACUAGCCAUGGGAUCAGUGAUUUAAAAAAGUUACUAGCCAUGAUUAAAAAUUCACUAGCCCUACUUUACUUUAAGUUAAUACAAUUUUACUAAAUAAUAGCAAUAAUCAGAUAUGUCACCUAAAGAUGGAGAUAUUUAGCUUAAAACCACUAACUUUGGGGUUGGGGUCAGGAUAUUAAUAUUUACAAAAUAGACUUAACUACAACAUUACACACGCACAAAAAUUCACUAGCCGUCGGGCAUGGCAAUAGUAGUUAUUUACAAGCCCAAAAGUGUAUAUCACUAGCCAUGGGAGUGUAAAAGCCCUGUAAAUUAAUAUUAAUCUUAAUAUAAAUUACAUCUUUAAGUAGAUUAAUGUUAAAUAAAAUUUGUAUGAGUUUAUUUUAAAACAUUGAACUUAUGAGUUACAUUUCUUUACAGCCCAAAUUUCUUCUCUUUUUUUUGGUCACAUGAUUUCAUUGCAGAUACCUUGAGUAUUUGAUUAAUAUGUUAUUAUUUAAGAUAUAUUGAAGAAGCUACAUGAUAGAUUUCUGUUUACUGUUAAUAGUAGGAAAGUGGAUGCAUGUUGCUCAUCAGUCUCCAGACAUUCGGAUAUUUCAUCAAAUGCAUGUUCACAUGUGUUCUUCGUAUGGUUGAUACAGUAUGAAAACAAAAUAAAUCAUUUAAGUUGUAUUUUGAAAAUAGUGCCACAAAAGUAUAUGUUAGCUAGUCAUCUUAGUUGGCAGUAGACAACGUUUAAUGUGGCAUCAUACAGGCUUAGUAUAUUAAUUGGAACCUUAAUACCUUUUACUAUAGUUUUAGAUCUCUUCUAUAAGCGGUUUUUCACUUUCUGAAUUUUGUUUUUAAAACACCACCACUGGAACAGUCAAUAAUGCUAUUGGAUGUCAGACAUUUGAUCUUACUGACAUUCUACAGAGAAAACCUGCUACAUUUUCUUAUUAACAGUAGUCUCCUUCUUCAUCAGUAUUACUAGGGGGUUGGGGAGGGAAUUGGUGGCCAUGUAUUCAUUACAUAAAUAUUUUUAAAAUUAACGUUCUGUUCAGUUUAUUGUAAGAGAUAUUCCUUCAGGUUGUGUUCUACCCAUUGAUCAUCUUGUAGUACUGUGCACAAUAAUGUAUCAUCCAAGUCUUUAUGUUGGUGUUUUCUUACAGUAACUGAUGGGACUUACAGUCAUAAAAUCAGGUGACUGUACAAGUCUGCGAGUUAUGUUGUUAAUAUAAUAUACGGCAUACUCUAUCUUGUAACAUAUUUUGUAGGCCGGGCAUCCAUGUACUGUACAUAAUAAACAGAUAAUAUUUAUCACUUUUGACAUGUAAAUUACAUGUACAUAGGAAACCAUGAACUCUGGUAUGUGUAUAUAAAUAUGUAAAUACAAUAAUAAAAACGUUCGUGUAUACUGACUGGAGGAAUUGGUGUAGACAAACUGUAAUAAUUAAGAGAUAUUCAAGUUUGUAGAGAAUUUAAUUUUUUCUAUCUUUUCUUUUUCUUUUUUUUUUGCACAUAUUUGUGUAUAUUAUUUGUACAUGUAACAUUUUGCUAUAGGAAGUGUGUUUGAAUAAACCAUGUUAAAACAAA